AUGUUUGGUCUGACCCCUGGUGGUGACGAAGAAGAAAGCACGUCCCAUAGUGAAUAUGCUGACAAGUGGCGUCAGCUGAGCAGCGAUGACGUCAGAGGAGUCGAGCAGGCGGCGAUGGAGCAGGAUGAGCCGGGGGACGGUCGUGUGGUGGACGAGUGCCCAGCAGCCUCCUCUGAUGAAGCAGAUGAACCAGCCACCCUGAGACAGUAUCCUUCUCGAUUCAGAAAACCACCUAAGACCUUUACCUAUAACUAG